CGCAGCUCAGCCAUUAAAGCUGGGAGUCUGCAAGCCGCUCUCAUUCAUCUUUGUGUUUCCACAGAAGAAGAAGACAAAAUGAGUGGCCGAGGAAAGGGAGGCAAAGGACUCGGGAAAGGAGGCGCCAAGCGUCACCGUAAAGUUCUCCGUGAUAACAUCCAGGGAAUCACCAAGCCCGCUAUCCGCCGUCUGGCUCGCCGCGGGGGAGUCAAGCGCAUCUCCGGUCUCAUCUACGAGGAGACCCGCGGUGUGUUGAAGGUGUUCCUGGAGAACGUAAUCCGUGACGCAGUCACCUACACCGAGCACGCCAAGAGGAAGACCGUCACCGCCAUGGAUGUAGUUUACGCUCUGAAGAGGCAGGGCCGCACCCUGUACGGCUUCGGAGGUUAAAUUGGACCGUUUAAACAAACACAAAAAGGCCCUUU